AAAAAAGACCGCCCUCUUUUGACUUGCAAUGACCAGCCUCUUUUAGAUCACUCAGAUUACCGUGAAAAUGGGGGAAGCUAUCACGAUCAGAACAAGGAAGUUCAUGACCAACCGUCUUCUGAACAGAAGGCAAAUGGUUGUGGAUGUGAUCCAUCCUGGCCAAGCCACCGUCAAGAAGACGGAAAUCCGUGAGCGCCUUGCACAGGCCUACAAGACCACCCCUGAUGUCAUCUUCGCCUUUGGCUUCAAGACCCAGUUUGGUGGUGGACGUACCUCGGGCUUUGCCCUCAUCUACGACACUCUGGACUCUGCCAAGAAAUACGAACCCAAAUACAGAUUAGCAAGACAUGGACUGUACGAGAAGGCUAAGACCUCGUCCAAACAGAGGAAAGAAAGGAAGAACAGACAGAAGAAGGUCCGUGGUACCAAGAAGGCAAAGGUGACAUCGGGCAAGAAGUAAACUGGCAUUCCCCCCAACCCAUCUUGCUGCCGUAUUCUGAGAUUGACAUCGCUCACGUUAUCACAAUACUUAUGAUCACUGUGCGUAAUUGUUAAUAAAUGAGUUAAGUAGCAGGAA